AUAUUUUAUUCAAGAGUGCUAGCCUUGGUCCUCCAUAUAAGGACCUUCUUGGCCCUUCUCCUAGGUCAUCUCACAAAGCCUUGUUCUUCUCUUUUCUCUCAAUUACUCAUCAUAUUCCCCUCUUUCUAUAGAUAUCUAUACUGAUAUCAUGGAGACCAAACCCCUCUCUAGGCUUCUUGUUAUUCUUCUGAUUCUUUCAUGUGUUGUAUUUGCUGCUGCAGUUCCUGCAACAAGAAGCACUAUUAUUGGGAAAAAAAAUCCUUUAGUGCAAGAUCAUCUGGCUAAGGUGGAUCCAGUUAUGGGGUUAAGUUAUAGCGAGGAUGACAUGAAGGAAGAGAUUGCUGAGAGCAGAAUGCUGAGGGAUAUAGUGGACUACCCUGGAACAAGACCAAAUCCAGCUCAUGAUCCAAAAUCUCCUGGAAAACCUUAACUUAAUCUUGGAAAUCAGGGUUCUUAUUAGAUAUUUAGUUAGAUAGAAGUGUCAUGAUAUGGUUUGGGUUUGUCCUGGCUUGCAAUCUUCAAAAUGUGUUUGUCUGUAUGAAAAGGUUCUGAUGUAAGAUCCAUCCUUGUUAAUUAAGCUGUUGUUUUAGCUCAUAAGAGCUUUGGUAUUCCACAUAUAUAAAUCAAAAGGUAUGUUGUAAGAUAUAUGGAAAGGUCAAAUCUGAGGCUUUUGUAA